AUGGCGACGAACAUCGGAAUGAUGGACUCAGCUUACUUCGUCGGAAGAUCGGAGCUCUUGAAUUGGAUUAACGCCACUCUCCAUCUCAAUCUAUCCAAAAUCGAGGAGGCUUGUGGAGGUGCAGUUCACUGCCAGCUAAUGGAUGCGGCUCAUCCAGGAAUGGUGCCUAUGCACAAGGUCAAUUUCGAUGCUAAGACCGAGUACGAAAUGAUUCAGAACUACAAAGUCCUUCAGGAUGUUUUCAACAAGCUCAAAAUCACCAAGCACAUUGAGGUGAGUAAGCUGGUGAAAGGGAGGCCCUUGGACAACUUGGAAUUCAUGCAGUGGAUGAAGCGUUACUGUGACACUGCCAAUGGUGGCUCCAUGAGCAGUUACAAUGCUCUUGAAAGGAGAGAGGUUGCCAAGGGUGGCAAAGAUACUAGUAAGAAAUCUGCUUCAUCUCACACCUCAGCUAAAAGUGCAUCAACUGCUACCAAGCAUGCUCCUCAAACUGCUCGUAGAAAUGAGGCUCCAAUUGUUAACUCUUCAAAUCAUUCUGCUAAGGCCUCUAGGCCGAGUUCAACUUCUGGGUCCUCAGCCUAUUCUGAAGCAGAACGAGUAGUGUAUGAGCAACAGAUAACAGAACUGAAACUGUCCGUGGAUAGUCUUGAGAAGGAGAGGGACUUCUAUUUUGCAAAGCUAAGGGAUAUCGAGAUCCUAUGCCAGAGCCCUGAAAUUGAAAAUCUACCUGUGGUUGAAGCUAUAAAGAGGAUUCUAUAUGCUGUAGAUGAUGACGCUUCAGUGGUCGCAGAAGCUCAAGCUAUCAUUUCUCAGAACCAGCAGCAAGUAGAACAACUGGAUACCAUUCCUGAAGAGGAGGAAGACCUGCUGAAAAUAGAUACUCAAAAGAGGAAAAACAUUAUCAAUGUGGAUGUGGAUGUAGCUGCAAACAAGACAUUGUCUCCACGACAGAGGACCACUGAUGCAUCUGAUGUUCACUGCAGCGGAUCACCCCUGGAAACUGAGGUGGUGAAUGCACAAGGUAAGGUUGAGAGGACAGUGAACACAAUAGAUUAUCAUUCAUCAGCGGGUCAGGGGAUUGCCCAGAAACCCACCCAGAUCAUUCAUCAAUCGGAAGACUCUGGUACUCCAUCAAAAACCAGUGGGGGUGUUCUGGCCAAUGCCGCUGCUUCUAUUGUUUCCACCUUAGAGUCUGCCAAGGAGGCUCUUGCCGGCCGCAAAUAA